AAUGCCUUGUGUCAGAUUUGUAAACGAAAUGAAUGGAUUUAUACUUGCCCACGUUGCCAUACACGGACCUGUUGCCUCGACUGCGUUCGAAAGCAUAAGAAGGAAACGUCAUGUAGUGGCAUUCGUGAUAAAGUAGCUUAUAUACCCUUACAAAAAUAUAAUGAGUCAAAUAUGAUGAGUGAUUAUACCUAUUUGGAGGAUGUCUCAAGG